GCGGCCCUGGACGUGCGGGGGCCUCUCGGGGCUGGCCGCGUCGCUUCGGCCCUGCCCUCUCUCUCCAGCGCUCGCUCCCGCCCUCCCGGCGCUCCGGGCGCUGCGCGCGGGCCGGGCCCGAGGCAGGGCGGACAUGGGCGCCAAGCAGAGCGGCCCGGCCGCUGCUAACGGCCGCACCCGGGCGUACUCGGGAUCAGACUUACCUUCCAGCAGCAGCGGAGGCGCCAAUGGGACCGCGGGCGGCGGCGGGGCUCGGGCGGCGGCGGCGGCGGGGCGAUUUCCGGCUCAGGUGCCCGGCGCGCAGCAGCCCAGUGCCUCCUCGGGCGGCGCGGCGGCGGCGGCCCCGGCUGCCCCACGUAGUCGCUCCCUUGGCGGGGCCGUGGGGACCGUGGCGUCGGGGGCCCGCGCGGCUCAGUCCUCCUUCAGCAUCCCCAACAGCAGCAGCGGCCCGUACGGCUCGCAGGACUCGGUGCACAGCAGCCCGGAGGACGGCGGCAGCGGCGGCAGGGACCGGCCGGCGGGCGGGGGCUCCGGCGGGCCGCGCCUGGUGAUCGGCUCCUUACCAGCCCACCUCUCGCCGCACAUGUUUGGAGGAUUUAAAUGCCCUGUAUGCUCAAAAUUUGUACCCUCAGAUGAAAUGGACUUGCAUCUUGUGAUGUGUUUAACGAAGCCAAGAAUAACCUAUAAUGAGGAUGUACUGAGUAAAGAUGCUGGGGAAUGUGCAAUAUGCCUGGAAGAGCUGCAGCAGGGAGACACUAUAGCACGGCUGCCUUGUCUAUGCAUAUAUCAUAAAGGCUGCAUAGAUGAAUGGUUUGAAGUAAAUAGAUCUUGCCCUGAGCACCCUUCAGACUAA